AUGGAUAAGCUAAACAAGAUAGAUCUCCGAGUGAAGGCUUUUCAUGUGCCACCAAUGCUUGUUAUGCUUCAAGAUGGCGGAUCAGUUUCACUUGGAGCCACAAUUAUGUACUCCAUUCAAGAUGCAGUUGUGGCCACUCUGUCCUUGCAAAACAUCAACCACACCAUUCGGACUCUUGCUCAGUCAGUCAUGUACCAAGUUGUGAGCCUUUAUUCCAUGGAGAAGCUGCGCAGAAACAAAAAAGACCCAAACGCUUUCAUUAAAAAAGAACUGCAGGAGGAGAUUAUGCAAUGGGGUCUGUCUAUACACAAUGUUGAGCUCUCUCAAAUUACCGAAUUGACUCCGCCGCCCACGGCAGUUCAAAAUGUCCAGGAGCAGUUAGGACCUAUUUUUGGGCAACUUGGUGGACUUGAAGGGCUUAUAUCUACAGCGGCUGAUUUUUACUUGCCACAAUCAGAUGGCAUUGAGGAAACUGAGAUCGAAGUAUCGCGCAGCUUGAUACAAACUUUCAAAGACAAAAUUGAGAAACUUCUAGAUUAUUCAAUGACAGAGACUAUUGGUAAAAAGUUCAUGUUCCAUCUGUUUCCCGGAAGCACUAUUUCAGACAACUGCUUAGACAGUUCACGAAUUUUGGUGCUAGAUUGUAAAAACUCUCCCGUAGGCGUUAAAAUUUACGGACAUGACGAGAUGAGCUACUACGAGCGAGCGAGUUGCGACGUGGAAGUGAAAGUCGGGAUUUCCGACUUACUGAAGCUAUUGAAUGGCCAAAUAUCAAAAACCUCUCUCUAUUUCCAAGGACGAGUUGAAGUAAAUGGCGAUACUUCAGCCCUUGAACUUCUGUCACAAUUUAAAGACGAGUUUCAAAUAUCUGAAUUAUAG